AUGUCUAAAAUAGAAUGAAAUAUUGGUUCCUUCCUCAAUGAAAGGAAAUUUUCUAAGCUUCCUUUUUUGAUUAUGCAUAAUUAAAUUAAAUAAAUAUAAUUCGCACAAUUAAAAGCUAUCUAUGAAUAUUGGCUAAUUUUAAUUAUAUUUCGAAAAAAGCUGAGUAUAACUUAUAUCUUAAUUUUUAUUAUUAUUGUCCAAGUCAUUAUGCUGAUUUGAUUUAUUAUUAUAGCUCUGAAUAUCGGAAGUUACAACUGAAUGCUGAUUAUAUAUACAUUAAAAUGGUGACACAUAUCAGCCUGCCGUCUUGGCGCAGCAAUCCAGACCUUAUGGCUACGGCGAACUGGGAUGGAUUCUGAGCCGAGAAUCAAGUGCAGACUCAAGACAUGUGUAUCUGAGUAGGUUUUGGCUGCUUUCCUGUGGUUGGAAAUGGAGGUGCUCAACAACGUCCUUUUAGAUCCAAGAAUCCAUGGGCUUUCCUCUAUCGGAAACAUGGAUUUCGGCCCAGACUACAGUAUUCUUUUUUUCCUGUAGCUGUCAAAGGAAGGCACUUCGGCGCCCGACAGACUCCAAGAGUUGAUCCAUUAAACCAAGUACUCCGUCGCCCUUAUCAGGGUCGAAGAAAUCCAUAAGCACUCAAGACUGAAGCCUCAAGGUAAGGAGGAGGCAGAAGUACCGGAAGUGGCAUCCACCCACCUUCGGAGAAAGACUAUUUGGGCUGAAGUCGAAAAGCUAAUGAACCUCCCCGUACGGUAGGUCUUUGGUGACUGCGUCGCCAAUAUGGCUAACGCCUGACUUUAAUAGCCUAACCUAAACUUACUGAAUGCUAAUUUCGUGACAUCAAAUUUUGCAUAUAAGGCUUUACCCUGAUUAGUUCUAGUUGGUCCGACCACGCGCUAGGUUGGUUCGACCAACUCGAUGAUUCACUGACAAUCAUCUACCCUUUUAGGGCUAAUAAGGGUAAAACCCUAUAUCUCUGAAUGCUGAUUAAAAUAAAUAAAAACUUUUUAUAGUAGCAAACAUUAGAGCAAACUCCAAACUUGAAAAUUUUGAAGGCUUUCAGAUUUGAUACCUUGCACGCUUUCGGCCAAUAAAACCUGCUUACCGGAUAGUGGAAAUAUUUUUAUUUGAGAGAUCAUGGAGUAUUUAAGAUUUGAUAGCACCUGCGUUAAGCUAGGCAUUAUUAAUGAAUGCCUAUACUUAUCAUUUUUGACAGUUUUCUGUAUAAUUUUUGGUCACUUACUUACAGCUUUUUUUUAUACAAAUCAUUUCACUUACCUCAACAAAUUUUUGUUUUAUAUAAAAAAUUUUCCUAUUUAUGGGCUAUUAUGCUUUUUAUUCCUUCGAAGACUUUGUUUUCCAUUUAUCUCAAAUAUAAUUUUUCUCCUGACUCCCCCCUUGAAGAGUCAUCAAUAUUUAAUUCGCUUGCUCACAAGGAUAAUUUUUUUGAUUCAAAAUCCAGAAUGCAAAUUACUUUAAAUUUUCUUUUAAAUGAUUAUAUAUAUUUUAAUUUUUUUAAACAAGGGAUAUAGCGCGAGCACUCUAUAUUCAAAAAAUAGGAUUUUCUCAUGUGCUCCGCCAUCUUAGGGAGAUUGAGGAAAAUGCAUUAG